AUGUCCAAAGUGGUUGAAACAGGUGUUCAAGGCUUCUGGACCGUCUCUGAGAGGGCAGAAGAUUAUAUGGUUGAUAAGAAGGUGCUCUAG